CGGAGCCUCCCUCCUCCUCCUCCUCCCUCCUCCCUCCUCAGUCUGUCUGUCCCCACCGGGACCAGAGCAACAUCCCAUCCCGCAGACUGAUGAAGACUCCUCCGUGUGAGACAGGGACACUGUGCUCGCGUUAAAGCAGCCAUGAGACACUACACGGCGACCCCGAGCCACGCAGGCUCCUGCGUGCCCUGCUGCCAAGUUUGCGUUUUCGCCUUUACCGCAUUUCUCAUCGUUGCAGAGAGGACGGCGCUGAUCUACUGCUUCGUGUACUAUCUGUGGGUGGGUCACAACUACUGCUAUGCUUAUCUGGCUGGAUUCACUGCUCUGUUCCUUCUGCCAGGUUGGGCUCCUCAGUGGCUCAGUUACCUGUGGUACUUGUCAGAUGGACGCAUCCGCAGGAAGUCUCUGAGCUGGACACACAUUCUGCACCUGGGUAUCUUCAAAAGGCUGUUUGAGUGUAUGCAACUGCCAGAUGAGGAUGUGUACGGUGAGAUCAUGCAGCAGGCGGAUGUAUCCGCCCUGCGUUUGUUCGAAGCCUUGGUGGUCACGCUCCCUGAGACGCUGCUGCAUGCCUAUGUGCUCAUCUGUACUGAUAUAGGACUCAAAUCUCCAGCCUCGGUGUGUUUUGUGGUGUGUUUGUUGUCGCUCUCCUGGGCUCUGGUCCUCUAUGCCAGAGCCUGUUCCCUCAUCAGGCCAGGUCACCUACAUAUGACCCCCGCUGCCAUUCUCUGUCGACUGCUGUGGAGGGUCGGCAUGCUGGGAUCUCGAUUUGCUGUUCUCAUGCUCUUCACACGAAUAUUCAAGCAGUGGAUCCUCGGCGUCAUUGGUGUGCACUGGUUGGGCACAACCUUCUGGAUGGUGUCUCAGCAGACUGACAUCAUACGAUCAACCACUCGAUGGAGAAUCUUCAACCUUGUUCUCGGAGCUAUUCAUGUGUUCCUCUUCCUCAACGUCAAGUACGGUCAAUCCAGAUUCCGCAUGGCUGGGUUCUACCUGGCCAUGUUCUUAGAGAACGCUUUUCUUCUUCUGGCCUCCUCCUGGUUGUUUACCAUGGUGUCCUGGGAUACUGUCGGCAUCCCAGCUGCAGUCUUCUGCAGCUUCCUCAUUGGAGUGAUAGCGUUGGUUCUGUACUAUCGUUUCCUCCAUCCUAAAUCCUUUGAGAUUUUCCAGAGUAUUCGCCACAGAGGGAUAGGCGAUGCCUGCAUGGAGCGUGGAUCUACGCUCUCAUUGGAGGAGAAAGUUACGCCUUCUUUCCAUCGACAUGCAACACUGUCUGGAGGUGGGACUCUGAUGGACCUUCCUGUCCAAUGGGAGGGCUGGAAACAUCACCACUGGCUGCUGAUUCGCUUGGCCCUGAAGACGGGGGAUGUAGGAAAAAUCUGGUCAGCAUAUGGCGAGGGGGGACUGGCUGGACUGAUGGGUCUGUCCGAAGAAUUUCACUCCCCAGAUGACCCUUACAUGCACCGGAUUCCUCCUGUUCAGCCACAGGUUCCUCAAAUCUCACAUCCAGCUCCUCAGCCAGCUCCACCACAGGUGACCCAGGCUCCACAGGUGAGAGAAGUGGUCCAACCACAGCAGCCGCCUCCCUCCACUGUUGUGGCCAGACCAGUGAGAAGAGCUCCGCCCACGUCAAUCCAGGAUAUGCGAAGGUUUCCAGAGAUUAUUCCGGUCCAGGAGGUCAUUCCCGAAGAGACUGCAGAGGAGGAGUCCAGUGCUCCACUCUCAGAGGAAAGAGGUGAUGACGAGUUUCAGAGUGCGGUGUACGGUUCACCCUCACUCUCAUCACCACCUCAGCCAGGGAGCCUCCGCCACAUCGACAGCAACCCUGCAACCCUGACCGAAGCCUCGUCCUCUGUAUGUUCUCUGGACAUCAAGACCCCAGGCUGGUCACCUGAGCGGCGUUCCCCUCUCCUGAUUGCUUCCCCUGAGAAGAAGAUAGGGAUCCCUGGAGACACCACGCUGUAUUUUAGUGCAGAUGUACAGUCUCCCUCCAGUGGGAGCUAUCUCGGCUGGGGCUCCGAGCUGUCGCCCAUCUCCACCUACCGAAGCCCCUAUCGGAUCAGGGAAGCUCGUUUUGUCACAUCCACCCCGCGAGUGGAACCACCAAGUGGGCCUGAAAUGUUCGGCCCAGCCUCUGUUGUUGUGAUUCCUGCCACUCCUGGUACAACACCAGGUGCCACUCCUGGUCCUUCUACCCCCGCUGCUUCUACAUCUGCUGCUUCUACACCUGCUGCUUCUACAUCUGCUGCUUCUACACCUGCAGCCUCUACACCUGCAGCCUCCACACCUGCCGCCUCCACACCUGCCACUCCCAGUGCCACUACACCCGUCACCCCAGUGGUUCCACUCACUCCAGUCAUCUCCCACGCUCGAAAACAAAUAGUUCAGUUUGUGGACAGUAGAGAGAGGGGUGUGUGAGCUUUUUCAGUCAAGCAUUUGAAGAUACACCCGACUCAAUGCUUCAAAUACUUGCUAAAAAGGUUGAGUUGGGGUAUUUACAGUUAAUUUGUACGAGUUGUGGAAGAAGAAUAUAGAACAUUUAGAAUAAAUUGUCAAUAUCCCAUUGAGGUUAAUGGGAUAUUGUGAUUGUAUGAGGUACUGACACAGUGUAGCCUGAGUCACGGACACCUGCCCUCACUGAAAACAAAGGUGCCAGCAGGUACACAAGGAGAAGCAGAUUUAAGCCUACUCAAGACUGCGAUAUCUUCAGAAUAUGUUCACCACUUUUUCUCGACAACCUUUUCCAACUUGAAAAUGAAUUUGUGUAAACCUCUCGUCCUCCCAUACCAAAGUCCUUAGAGAAAAUCAGCGACUUUACAUCACAGCACAGGAGUUGGUGGUCCACUACUGCCUCCAUCAUGAAGUUCAAAUGUGUUGUUUUGUGACUUUAGUGAUUGAAAUAACUGCAUUUGGAUUUACCUAAAUGACAAUAACAUAUCAAAUGAAAGAGAAGUAGAACAGCAGCUCCUGAGUCCCUGCCAGCUAAGACUAUAGACGUUGGUGCAGUAGAGGUGUGGGGUUUACACACUCUGUAACAGAGAGAUAAAGCAGCCAACACAUACUGAAGCUAUCCUAGACUUAAAAGCAGAUGUAGAUUUCAUCAGGUGAGCCUUUUGUUAAGUGGCUAAAAUAAUUUUUUCUUGUGUGUCCCCUGGCAGCCAUGUUUUUAGUGUGGACAAACAUUCAUGUGGGUUUCACUGAGAUGUGUCACUACAUUAUAUAAUUACACCUGACUUAAAAUUUUCCUGUAGCAGCGUGUCAGGUUUGAGGUCCACUGGUGAGAAGUCAUGUAGGGUUGUUGUUGUGGAGCAGGGGGGUAUUAAGAGUUUUUGGGGCCCUGGCGAACAGGGACUUGGGGGCCAUACAUUGAAUCAAAAUGGCAUUUAGUUAGAUUUUGUCAUUGCACUCUCUUGCAAAAAAACCCAUGUUUUUUAAGGUGUCAACUGUCCCCUCUCAGGGCGUCAAGCAGCUGCCUACGUUGCCUACCCUGUUUCAAGGACCCUGCUCAACAGCAUGAACGUCCUCACACGUGAUGCGGGCAGGUAAGCAGUGAACAAUUAGUGCUGACUUUGAUUAAUGUGUGCUGCCAUCAUCAGGAACCAGCCUGAGACACAGACACUCACUGAAAACAUGACUUCCACACAAACACCCGACUUACCUAACAUAAAAAAAGAAUAAAAGAAACUACAUCUUGUGUUUGGGGAAGGUUUAGCAGCCGCUCUCGCAGCUAAAUCUACCUCCCUUUUACCGUCACUGUACAGUAUUAUUCUUUACAUCAAACUACAUACAUACAUGACAUGUGAUUUCUUGUAUAUAAUAUGGCAUGUGUAUUGUUUAUUUAUAAUAACAUUAGUGGCUGAUCUCCUUUCAAAACUAGAGCGAAAAUGGUUAUUAAGGUUAGUGCCUGAAAAAGAUUGGUGGACAGGAGAUGAAGAAAACACUGAGAGAAUUUCACAGGUGCUAACAAAUGUGGAGCUAAAAUACUUUUUUUUAUCAGAGAGAAGUGAAGACUGGUGCAGUCAGCUGAGGUCACGUCUUCUGUGAUUCACCUAUUGAAAUGAUGGGGGUUUAAAAUGAUAAAGAUUCUCAAAAUACAUCUACAAAAAUGUUUCUAAUAUCCUCACUUUUUCAGGCAGCCACACUCACUUAUUUAGAAAACAUUCAGCUCACUGAGUUUAUUGUACACUUACAUAUUUUCUAACACGUUAAGUUUAUACACAAAGAGACUCACCAUAGAGUUUGAUUAUUAAUGAAUCUGCAUUUGUUUUAUCGGGCUUUAACAGAUGAUAAGAAGCAAAGAAUUGAAGCAAAGCUAUCUCAUAAAUUAUGUGCUUUACCUUUCUUUGCUAAUUGUAACUGUGACCAUGUCAGCACUUUACAGCAACAGUGGCAUCUAUAUAGACAUAUUAGUCUAUAUAGAUAGGCUUUAGAUUUAGAUGAAUUACACAGCUUUACAUAUAUGUACAGUGAAUAUAAUGUGUUGUUGUAUGUGAAGGUGUGGUGUGGGAUAUGUGAUAAUGAAAUGCAGCAGUCGUCAGUCGUGUGCACUGAUGUCAAUGAUAAUACAAAUUACAGACUGAUAAGCUUUUGUCCAAAAUACACUUUGUGUUAUUGCAGAAGGAUUCAGGUUUUAUUUUAAAUGUACCAGUACAGUUCGCUAUCUAUGUGUAUCUAUGAUUGUUAUAUCGAUUUGGUUGAUUGUUAUUCAUGUACUGCAGGUCAUUUUGAGGAGCACACACUCUUGUCAGUAAAGCUGAAGGGCAAAUGUAGAGAUGAUGUAUGUAACUGAUGAGGAAACCUAUAAUAAUUAAUCUAGAUGUAAUUGUGACUGAACAGCUGCAGCUAAAUGACUUUUAGCCAGCUUUUCAUCCGCCUUUAUUGUCCGUCACUCCUUCUGUCAUUUAACCUCCUAUAUCUCAGGAAAAGUGACCUUUUGAGGGACAAUUUUGUGAGAAAAUGAUAACUAAUGAUAAAAGUCUUGUUAGGCAGUACAUUUUGUUUUAAUAAUGUUCCUACCAGACAGAGAAAGAUGCUUGUUUGAAGAUGUAAACAUGAUUAUUAAUUUCAAUAUUCCAUGUGAAUCGCAGAAUGUGAUGUUUACAAAUAACCGUCUUCCAUGUAUAGGCUCUGUCUUUACUAUUUUUCUAGUUUUUCCUUGAAUUAUGCUGUUUUAUUUUACUUUAUGCCUUUGUUUCCGGGAUAAAUUAUAGACAUAUAAAUGAAAAAGGAAAUGAAAGAGUUGAAUUGCUCAUUUUUAAAGUUGUAGAGACGCUUUGAGAAUGUACUGUAGAUGAAGAUGUAAAGAAAAGUCCAUAUAACGUGGUUUGUUGAGUCACUGCAUGUUACUCAUGAACACAGCUGCAUCUGCUCCCGUAGACAAAACUCCACACUGUGACACGCGUGCAUUGCUGUAGUUAACACAAGCUUGAAUGUGUGUGUAUCCAGAAGCAAUAAGCAAGUUAAUAAAAAUGAAAAAAAAAAAAUCAAAGCUCAUGCUUUAGACUGCAGUGAUGCCUUGGCUUAAUUAUCAUGACUCAGCACUUUGCUUUGUAGAGAGAGAGAUAGCUCUAAAUGCUUUGCUUUGUGUCCCCUGGUGUGUGUUUUAAUAUUUCUGUUUCAAUUUUAUAUAUUUUUUAAAAUGUUCUUGUUUUAUAUUUGAUCACCAUUAAUGUGAUGAGAUGAAGUGCAGCAUUAAGUGGUUUCUUGCUGAUGUUUUAUGGAUAGUAGAGUGGAGAAAAUGUACUGUCACCUUGUCGCUGGGCGGCCUCUGCUUUUCAACAUGCAGCACCUCAUGUAGAGCUAUUGAUGUGACACGAAAUAAACUAAUUCAUCAUG